AUGGUUCCCGAGGAGCCGGCCCUGGGGCACAGCAGCCAAGACCGGCCGCCUCCCGGCUGGCCUCUCGCGUCCACGCCCUGCCGACCGCGAGUCACCCCGCCGGGCAACACCGGACGACUCCCGGAGGGCGCUGCCCGCUGUCGGCCCGGCAGCCAUGGGCCCGAAAGGGGGGAGCCUUCCGGGGUCCAGCUCGCUGCCGGGAAGCACCCGCCGUCGCGGUUGGCCCGGCCCACCGGCGGGGCGCCUAAGGCCCGGGCUCGGAUAGGCCCCAGGCGGGGCUGGGGCGGCCGAGGGCCCCUCGAGCCGCGCGGGCCGGUCAUACUGGCGAGCGGCUGGCGCCAGCGGCCGAGCAUUUCCUCUUCCUGCCUACGCGCUGCGCGGCGGCGGCGGCGGCCAGGCCGAGGCCGGGCUCGGGCGCCCGACUGCGGCCUGCCGACGAGCGCGGGCAGCCGCCGCCGCGCCGCCCCGCCGCCCCGCCGCGCCCUCCAGCCGUGGGGCUCCGGGCUGCUAGGCCCGGCGCGGGCUGCGAGAGGCGGGGCCGACGUGCGGGCGGCGGAAGGAGGCGGAGGAGGAGGAAGAGGAGGAGGAGGAGGCGGCGGCCGGGAGCCGGGGAAGAGGGGCGGGGGGUGGGCCGGGGGAGGGGAGGAGCGGGAUUUGCGGAGCGCGGCGCCGCCGCCCGGAGCCGGCGGGCCCGAGAGUGACCGAGUCACGGCGGGCGCCGGCGGAGCCGCGGCGUCGGACCCGCCUCCUGGAGGAGCUCAGCCUCGGCCAGGCCCGUCCCCAUUCCCGCCCCGUGCCGCCUCCCCGCCGCAGCCGCCGCCGCCGCCGCGGGAGCGCUCCGCUGCCCACCCCGCCCCCGCGGCCGAGCCCGGGAGUCGAGUGGGAGUCGGCCGGCCGGCGCGGGCAGCGCCGGGACCCCGCGGGGGACACUGCAGCCGGAGCCCGGGAGGGGCCGCGCCGCCACCGUCUGAACUAGGAUGUCCCGACAUGAAGGUGAGAGGAGCCCCCACCCCCACCGCCAGGGCCUCGGCCUACCCCGCCCGGGCCGGGCGCCGCGGAGGGCGGCCGGGAAUCGGCGGAGACUUGGGCCGAGCCCGAGCCGGGCCCGAGGCGCCGGGCCCGAGAGCGAGCGAGGGCGGAGAGCCGCAGCGCAGCCGCCGCCGCUGCCGCCGACACCGCCGCGGCCCUGAACUGGGCCUGGUGCCGGAGGCGGGGCGACCGGGCAGGCCGGAGGGUUUGCACUGUCAUGGGGCGGGGGAGGGGGAGGGGAGGCGGCGGGGCCCGUUACCGGCGGGAGCCGGGCCCUCGGGACUGAUACCGGACGCCGCGGCCCGCCCGCCCGGCCCCGGAGUCGCUGGGCCCCGGCGCGGCCUAGCGCUCCCGCCGUCCCGGAAGGGCCCGGCGCGGCCGCCGAGCGGGGCCGCAGACGGCGGCAGGAGACCGAGGAGCCGGCCCGGGACCCGGCGGGCGCGUCCGGUCGCCGGGAGACGACGGCGAGCGCCCCUGCCUGCGGGCGACUGCGGGGUGGGCGGGAAGGCUCUGCGGCCGGGGAACGGGAAGCCCCCGCCGCCUGGAGCCCGCCCCGGCCUCGCGGCUAGGCCUCGGCGCGGCCCUGAGCUCGGGUAA